CCAUACUGUGCUGUGAUUGGCUAGCUCGUUACUUCACUUGUCCUUGUGAUACUAGCUCCACUGGUUUUUCGGUUAAAUUCUAGGCAAGUCCUUUCCUGAUAUGAGUGGGCGGAUUUUAUGGUAUGGACCCAGGGAAGGGCUUUCGUAAACGAGCGACUGACAGCUGCUGCCGAGGAAAUAUUUCAGGUUUUUGAAAGAACGAUAGCAACAUAUGAAGAGGAAGCUUCCAGCUCAAAACAGGAGAAUGAACGGCUCCGAGGUUUGCUGCUGGAGUUUGCGUCAAACCAGAAAACAGACUUCUCUCAGUCGUUCAUCUGUAAAGAGGAGACUCCCCCUGAGCAGCAGCACUGUGAGCAGGAGCCGAGCCUCAGCGUCUGUCAGAGGGACCCAGAGCCUCGACACAUUAAAGAGGAAGAUCAUGAAUUCUGGGCCAAUCAACAACAAGAAGAAGAACAACAACAACAUGUUCAAGAGUUUAAGGAGGCUAAUGUCUCGUGCGUACCUCAUUCAUCUGCCUGGGAGGGAAAUGAGCAGGGGGACACAAAACCGCCUUUGCAACCUCAGACUCAAAUCAGUGAAAGCGAGGAGCAGUUUCAGGAGCUGCAGGAAACAAAAACUGUACAGUUCAUGCUACCUCUUGCCUCAACUCUGUCUUCACAAACUCUGAUCCAAGAUGAAGGAAUCCAAGAUGGUAGGGAAAAUGAAAGACAUGCUGCAAGUUUUACAUCAAACCGUACACAGACGGACCAAAGUCAGAUUUCUUUUAUCGCUGCCAGGGAGUUAUCGCAUUUGAAUUCAGUUGCACCUGACUAUCGUUGCCAUUUGUGCGAUAAAUGUUUUUCCUCCAAUCAUCACUUGAUAAAUCAUGCUUUCCGCAUGCAUUCAAAGGACGCAGAUGUCCUCUGUGCUGUGUGUGGACGGACCUUAGAGUCCACCGAAAGUCUUAAUGUGCACCUUCAAUCGCACAAGGGCUCAAAAUGCUGUCACGUGUGUGGUAAACACUGCAACAGUACGACCGCUCUGACUGAACACAUGGCCAGCCACGCCGGGGUGAAACUGCAUCGCUGUCAUGUUUGUGGGAAAGAGUGCAGCCGGAAAGGAGAUUUAAAGAUACAUAUGAGGAUUCACACAGGCGAGAAACCUUUCUGUUGCUCUUACUGUUGUAAAAGUUUCACCCACAGCGGACAUCUGAGGAAGCACAUGAGAAGCCACACAGGAGAGAGACCGCACCGGUGUGAUGUCUGCGGCAGAGGGUUUCUACAGAGUGCACACCUAAAAUACCACUUACGGACUCACACUCAGAAAUAUUGAUUUUCAUCCAUCUGGGUCCUUAUUAUUAUUAUUAUUAUUAUUAUUAUUAUUAUUAUUAUUAUUAUUUUAUUUAUCAAACUUCUAAGAACAAAACUGAAAGAGCCUAACUUAGGAGUAAAAAAGUUCUUCACUCAAAGACACAUUUAUCAAGAGACUUACUCAAACUUACAGCGAAGUGUAAAAGUAACAUUUAAGAGCAGUUCUCAGGUGAUAACAUGAUUAUUCACAUGUAUGCUCAGAGCAGGAAUAGCCAAUCAGAGACAAUGAUUUACCCUACAUCUGCCAUAUUGUUCAUUCUUUUAAAGAAAAGCCUUACAUUUUACUGAGAGAGAUUUUUUUUUUUUUUUUUUUAAAAGUACAAUUUGUUUGCGUAAAAUCCUUUUAAUAUCCCCUUUAAAAAUGGCCGAAAUGGAAACGACAAGAAAACCAAACUGGAGCAGGAAACUAAUUCUGCAGCCGGUUAUCAUCAUAAAAAAAUCCUAGAAUUCUUCUUACAUUUGCGAGUAGAAGUAAAAGGGAAGCAUUUUUUACUUUUAAUGUUCACUUAAGUACAAAAUUUCACUUUUAGCAGUUUGAUAAAUACGGACCCUGAAAUGGAUGUGCUUUUUUUACAGCAAAGAGUCACUAUUUUGAGUAAUAACACUGCUGAAACAUUGAGAAAAUAAACUGCGUCUUUGUCAUUGUUCCUUUUAUGCAGCAGAAUUUGAAUGAUGUUAAAUCUGUGUGUGCUGUUGGUUUAGCUCAGACUUGCUGUAGUACUUAAAUUAAUUAGUUAACCAAGAAGAAACUGGAACAGGAUGCACUUUUUUACCAAGAAAUAUCAAGUUAAGUUUUAUGCAGCAGGUGUGCUGUCUGUUUCAGCAGCCGUUUGUCUCCAUAAAAAUUUUAAAACUGAACACUUUCACAGCUGGAUAGAAUCUGCUCUAUUCUAUUCUAGGUAAAGCUUUAUUCAACAGGUCCGUAAUUUGCUAAUAAUUGACAUUUCCCGUAAAGAACUAUGUAAUUUGGUACUAAUUAUAGGGAAAAAUAGAUUUCCCCUUGAAAGAACAGCUCUGUUUUAAUCCAAGUACAUGUUCGUUCGUUCGUUCAUUUAUUCAUUCAUUGUUUAUUUAUUUAAUAUUGGAAAUUAUAUUCUUGAAUGAAUGAAUUCUAUGCUAGCAUGUAAUCAAAUUUUACAUUUUUGCAUGUUCAGCUGACCUGCUCUGUACUGACUAAUCACAUGCUGAACUGUAUUUGAGUAUUUAAAGAUGUUAGUUCUGUUUUUGGGCUCCACCAACACCUCAGGGAAAUAUCAGGUUCUUUAGCUGCUAGAUGUUUCACAUUUUUCACAAGCUAGUUGCUAACCUUGUCUGUCUGCUGUUCUGUGCUGGACAGGUAGCGUACAGUCGGUUUAUCACAGCUUUUUUCUUGGAAACAAGGUUGAUGAGAGCAUUGAGACUGAGCUAAUUAGUUAAAAGAUGCUUAAAAGCGUAAGUAGUGCUGCAGAGUUGGGUAAUUCUCUGGGUUUAUCACUAAGAGCCUCCAUUUAACAUUACACACAUUUGAUUGUUACUGUAAUAUGAAAAAAUAUUUAUUUAUUAACGCUUUAAUAUCCACCAGAGGUUACAGUGUGUUAUUUUAUUUAACAUGUGGUAACAGGGUUGUUUGACAUCAGCAAAUCAUCCUGUUUAGGCAGUUUGUUAUUUGGCGGCUGUAUGCAAACUACAAAGUUGAGCAGGCGGUUUUUCAGUGUGGUCAGAGACAUGUUUGCAUUCAGAUGCAGAUGAGGUCACGUGCGUCCCUGAAUGUGACUCUGAAAGUGAUGAAAUCCCAUUACGCUUUUAAUUCACAUCUGUAUUUAGAGCUGUGUCUUUGGGAUUGAAUUGUGGGUGCUAGUAGGACAGGAAUUACAGCUACACACCAUGAAUUUCUGGGCAGAAACAACCUAAAAAAUAUAAGUAUAAUAUAAGAAGUCUCCUUUAGGGAGAGGGAGGGCAUUCCUCCAGUAGAUGAUAAUCUGCCUGUAGUAUCAUUAAAAACCACGCAAAAAACUUUCCUGACAUUUUAUGGCUCAGGUCAAAUUGACUCCAAACCCUUUUUAGUUCAAAUUCUCCAAAGGACAUCUAUGCCGACCAGUUGUUCCUGUGAAUUCCAUAUAUUUAUAUGACCCCAAACUACCAGGAACCAACUCAACCACAAGAUGUGGGAGAUUAGCCGAAAGUCUAAGGAGCAUGUCACUUUAACCCCCCUAUUUAGCAUUUAUAAGCACUAUAUAUAUGUUUAAUAAAUGGUUUAUAACACAUUAUAAUGUAGUCGUAUGCAGCUAUAAGGACAUUUGUAAGUGUUAAUUGAUUUACAGUAUUUGUCAACAGUUAUAACUUCUCCUAUAAGACAACUUUAUAGUAUUACAACUGUUUUUUUUACUAUAUUGUCAUUCAUCUUCUGUUUAUACACAGGCGUCCACUUAUGAGGAGGGCUUAUAGUUGUUGACAAAUACAUUAAUUAACAUUUACAAAUGCCUGUAUUUGUCUGAGAGGAAUAUAGUUUACCAGUAGGUGGCACUGCAGGAGCCUUUAUUUAUCCAUCUAUCCAGCAAGUCAGUGAAGGCUACUCAAGAGUCUGCACAGACUGCUACAGUUUUUCUUAUUAUAGGUUAAAUAAUUAAAUAAAACAUUAUAUUGUU